AUGAAAGGCCAUGUUUGUGAUUCAACAUCUGGCUAUGUAAAUGCUGUGCUUUUUUCUGGGUUUGACGACUUGUCAGAAUCAACCUUGGAAGUUAAUGUCUACCCAGCCGCGGCUACUGCAUCGACCACAGAAGCAUCGAGCGCUGAAGCAUCAAGCACAGAGGCAUCAAGCACAGAGACCUCGGACGAAGCAACCUCGACGGGACCAACUGCGAGUACGACGGACGCAGCUCAGGAGGAGGGAGGCGGGGGAAGCAAAAACAACGCAGGUGCCAUCGCGGGCGGAGUUGUUGGUGGAGUUGUCGGACUCGCUGCUCUAGGGCUUGCCAUAUUCUUCAUUCGCCGCAGAAGCAACAAGAAGAAACAACAGCAAACACCAGCAGAGAUGGCCGACCAGAACUCACUUCAACCUCAAGUUCCCUACGGAAUGACGCCUGAGGAGCAGCAACGAUGGAGUACAGUAUCACAAUCUCCUCCAGCCUGGAAACCAACCGAUGUUGCCCCAAAUCAAUCACCCCAAGUUCUGGUGGAAGCUCCUAAUGAGAGUGCGGCGCAAGUGCAUGAGAUGGAUGCUGGUGAGAGGAGCGGUGGGAAAUAA